AUGCUGAUGUUGCACAGGGAGACGUUUGAGAAUAUCUAUCUCGACCUUUCGAAACAGUCCGGCAAGUGCAGGUUUGCAGAAAGUGGAUUGGGUUGGAAGCCCAGCGGUGGCGGUGACACAUUCACACUCGAUGCCGGCCAAAUAGACGGGGCGCAAUGGAGCAGAGCAUCAAAAGGCCACGAACUAAAGAUUCUAUCAAGAAAUGUUGGAGUGAUACAGCUUGAUGGUUUUGAGCAGGAGGACUUCGAUCGAGCCAGCAAAUGCUUCAGAAUCUGGUACGGAGUCAACCUAGAAAACAGGGAGCACGCUCUACGAGGCUGGAAUUGGGGAAAAGCAGAAUUCGGAAAGGCGGAACUGGCUUUCAACGUCCAGAAUCGACCUGCUUUCGAAAUACCUUACUCCGAAAUCUCCAAUACGAAUCUUGCGGGAAAGAAUGAAGUGGCAGUGGAGUUCAACCUGGGCGCUGAGCCAAUUACGAAUGGAGUGAACGGACACAAAGAGGGCAGUACCCGAAAUCGAGGCCGGAAAGCUGCAGCUGGACGAGACGAGCUUGUAGAAAUGCGCUUUUACAUUCCGGGCACUGUCGCAAAGAAGGAGAAGACCGAGGAUGCGGACAGUGGCGCAGACGAUCAGGAGGAAGACGCUGAAGAGACCAAUGCUGCAAACCAGUUUUAUGAGACGCUGAUUGAUAAAGCCGAAAUUGGCGAAGUGGCGGGUGACACAUAUGCAACCUUCUUGGAUGUUUUGCAUCUUACUCCCAGAGGGCGAUUCGACAUCGAUAUGUACGAAAGCUCAUUUCGAUUACGAGGCAAAACAUACGACUACAAGAUCCAAUAUCAAUCCAUCAAGAAAUUCUUUAUUCUCCCCAAGAAUGACGAAACCCACACUCUUAUCACUAUGGGCCUGGACCCACCUUUACGACAGGGUCAAACUCGAUAUCCGUUUAUUGUCAUGCAAUUGAAGAACGACGAAGAGGUCAGCAUCGAUCUGAACAUGACAGAAGAACAAAUACAAAGCGGCCAGUACAAGGGUCUAGAACCACAUUACGAAGCCCCCAUAACCCAAGUCAUCUCGCGUGUCUUCAAAGGUCUCUCUGGGAAGAAGAUCAUCACACCCUCAAAAGACUUCGUAAGCCACCACAACAUGAACGGCAUCAAAUGCUCCAUCAAAGCCAACGAAGGCCUCCUCUUCUGCCUCGACAAGUCCUUCAUGUUCGUCCCCAAACCAGCAACCUACAUCCAAAUCGAAAACAUCGCCAUCAUCACCAUGUCAAGAGUUGGAGGUGCCAUCUCGGCAAGCAGAACCUUCGACAUCACCAUCACAUUAAAAUCCGGGCAAGGUGAACAUCAAUUUAGUAACAUCAAUCGUGAGGAACAACAACCGCUCGAGACCUUCUUCGCCGCCAAAUCCAUCAAGUUCAAGAACGAAAUGCUCGACGACUCGGCCACCCUGCUCGCCGCCGCCCUGGACCGAGAAGACCUGGCCUCCUCCUCCGACGACAACGCCGGCAACCACAACAACGCUGCGAAUGGGAACCAGGUGCGGGGGAGCGCGGACGAGGAUGAGGAGAGUGUCGACGAGGACUUUCAGGCCGACUCGGAAUCCGACGUCGCGGAGGAAUAUGACAGUGCGCAUGAGAGCGAGGGCAGUGGGAGUGAGGAUGAUGAGGAGGGGAGUGGUGGUGGCAAAAAGGGAGGGAGGGGGGGUGGCGAUGAGGAGAUGGACGAUGCGGAUGCGGAUGCGGAGGGGGUUAGUGAUGAGGAGGAGGAGAGGAGGCCGAAGAAGAAGUCGAAAUCUUAG